GUGAGAGCGGCAGGUUGAUCGUCUUGGUUGCAGAUGAGCAGAGAGAAAACAUUGGAGGGGGAGAGAGAGAGAAGGGGGGCUAGGAGAAGUGCCUUGGGCAGGCGAAUUAUGCAUGCAUUAGGCGAGCGCUGAGAGAAUGGCUGUGGAAGCUAUCCAUUGCAAUCUGAAUCCCAAUGGCAUUGAUCGUCCUGUCCACACAGAAGAUAUUAACCUGUCACUUGAAGGUGAAGGAGUUGAGUUGCCCUCACGUAAGAGUGAUAAUACUCAAAAGGUGCUUGAGUCGAAAGGGACACCCAAGAGACAGCAGGUGGAACCAGAAACAUCUAAGUCUGGUACUGUGAAACUGACAAAACCAGUAGCUCUGUGGACACAGCAGGAUGUCUGCAAGUGGUUGAAGAAACACUGCCCUAAUCAGUAUCAAAUCUACAGUGAGUCAUUCAAACAGCAUGACAUAACGGGCCGUGCAUUGCUGAGGCUUACUGACAAGAAGCUUGAACGAAUGGGGAUUGCCCAGGAGAGCCUACGACAGCACAUUUUGCAGCAGGUGCUUCAGCUGAAAGUGAGAGAAGAAGUCCGAAAUCUACAAUUACUUACACAAGCCCCAACAGAGGCUUCUCCAUAAACACUACCAGCCUCUAAAGCUUCUGUCCUGCCAGGUGAUAUGAAAGUGAACUUUACUUCGUGAAAAGCGUAACAAAUGACACUGCCAGAAGGUGACCAUGGAGAAUUGAAAGAUUAACUGAAAUACAACCAUUCAGUCAAGAUGAUGCAUUCCGGAAAGUCUGGUUUGCUGUGGAAUUAAAAUGUGGUGCAUAAAAUACAGUGCUAAUUUGUUCAAAAUGGUCAUUGACAGACCAUUAGCUGGAAAACUGUUUCCAGUUUUCAUCACUGUGCAUAACUGUGAGUUCCCUUUAGGGGACUAUCUGUGCCCUUCACUGGAAGUCCUGUUUUAGCAUGGCAACUACUGGAUUAUUUUAUUAUGUAUGCAGAUGGCAUGAUGAUGUUUUAGGAAAAACUUACAGCAGUCCUCCAACCUCCAUAAAAAUGUUCACAAUAUUACACCCCCGAUAGGAAUGUAAAUGUCUUGUAUAUGUUAGUUAUGCAGUCUAAUGGUAUUCUGUUUAACUAUAUGUGAUCUCCACACAGAAGAGUUAGCACAUUCUAUACAUGUCAGGAAAGGUAUUUUCUUUAUUUCAAUACUAAAAUAUGUUUCAGUACCUACACUGAGACUGUAUCUAAAAUAGAACCCGUACUUGCUUAUAUUCACAGAUUCAUGGGAGAUUGCAUAGAUAGAUUUGCUCAUGGCAAGUAUGCACUAGACAUAUUUUAUUGAGACUUAUUGAACAGUUCUCAUGGAGGUAGCCAGGAAUAGGGGAUGUUGAAUGGACUAUCGGAUAUUGUGUCUGCUGUCCCCCGCCCCCACCAAUAAACCAAGCAGUCCACAUUUCUGUUGUGCUAAUGUAAAGUUCCCAUUAAAUUGUAAAGGAAAAGAUCCCUUCUCUGAGAUGCAUUGUGCCUAUGGCUUCGGUCUGCAUUAAACACAAGAGAGACUGGAGAAAUUCUGGUACUUCUGCUAAUCACUAUUUGGUGCGGGGGAGGGAAUCACAACUUGCAGAGUCCGAACAAAACCUCUUGAAGAUAAUAAAGAGUGAGAGGUGGACUAGAUGCUCCCACUCUGUACGACUCCUCAUAGAGGACAGAUACCUCCAUUAACAUUUCCUCCUCUUUCUACCCAAAACACUUUUUUUUUUUUUUUUUUUUUUAAACUCUGAACUGGGGUUAAGGUAAAUGGUUCUAAUAACCCUUUGGGCAUUUUGUAGCAGGCUCAAGACUGUUGCAUUCAAACUGAGCAUUGUUAUUUGUUGUUCAGUCUCUGAGUGGCUGACAUCACGGGUUGUGUCACAGCUGGCUGUGGUACAGUUUUUAUCCACGGGGACUUGCGGGAAGUACUUUUCAUCCCACCCCUCACAUUGGGACCUAUUUGAAACAGACUAUUUACAAUGAAGUAAAUUAAAUAGUCAGCAGCAUCACAAGGGACCAGCCUGGUGGUUCUUACAGUUCGUAAAUGAAAGAUGGCACUUUGGGUAGCCACAGAACAUCUUUCUCUCCAACCUAACGGACUAACACUUAGUCCAUCUGCCAAACCUGUAGAGAGCCUUCCAUGUCGGAGACUUAGAUACCAACAGUGGAGAGAAGAUGAAUCUUCAUGGGAUAACAGUAAGACAAAGGGAUAUUUUUGAGGGAUUUCAUGUGGUACACUUUUAGAAGCUAUUCUAUACACUACUAGUGAUUGUAAGAUCAACCAGUUAGAGCACCAGUGCACCCAAAGUGUAUAUUUUUGGCUUUGUCAGAUGGGUGUCGAUUUAUGUCAGAACUUUUCACCCAUCCCUGGUAUGCAAACAAUAUAUAUACUUUUUGGACAGUUAUAAAAAAAAAAUUAGGAUCAGCAUGUUGGCUACUGUAUAAUAUCAAUUUAGAGCACAAUUACAGUUAGUUAUGGCCAAGAUUUUCAGAAUUGUCUCGUGAUUGUUGGGUGCUUAACUUGACACCUUAAGGGAGCCUGAUUUUCAGAAAAUUCUGAAAACCAGGUCUCUCUAAAGUUUCUCAAAUUGGGCAUCCAGAACUUUCGGGCAUCCAGAAUCACAAGUCACUCUUGAAAAUUGUGGCCUUUAAUUUAGAUUGGUUAAAAAAACUCCAAUAAAGGCAUAAGAAUAAUAUCCUCUCAGUGCAAAGUUGCUAGAGCAAUACUUUAGCAAUGUGUACUUUUUAUAGUUGCCCAUAGUAUUGCAAGUUGACUUUUUUCGAAAUUGGUCAUGUGCAUUGCAGAAUUUCACUAAAAGUUUUAGCACAUUUUAUAACCCUUUGCUAUUGUUCUGAUUUAGAAUGAAUUCUGGGAACUGAGAUCUGUCAUUUUCGUAGGUCACUUACAUUACUAUUGCUGUUUAAAAAAAACUUUCUUGGUUUGUUUAAAACAAAACAAAAAGAGAGAGAGAUACUUAUAUGUUAAGUAUCCUCUUUUACUAUACUCAAGUUUAUUACAUAGUGAUACAUUCUAGAAUAAUUCAAAUGAUAAAGUUAAGAUUGUCACAGAUCAUUAUACUAUAUGGGCGUGAGAGAAAAAGAUUAGUUAGGUAAAAUGUUUUUAUAUCAAUGUUAGUUUUAAACGUCUACUAGUACAUGGGCAUGAACUUAGAUGUCUGAACUAAUCCGCUUAAAACAGUUUGUUUUAAAUGAUUCCCGGGGUUUAGUUAGGAGGAUCUGGGAAACACAGUGUUAGGGGCACUGAGAAAUGUGAAAAUAAGGGCCAAGUCCUGGUCUAACUGAAUUCAGUGGAGUUUUUCCAGAGAUUUCAGGAGGCCACUGUUUGACACUAUGCUUGAAACUUACUUAGGCCUCAGUCCUACAAAGACCUAUGCACGUGAAAGACUUCAAGCAUAAGGAUUCUCCCACUCACGUGUGUAAGUGUUUACAGGAACAGGGCCAUAAGGAGCUCACUGUAUGUUUGAUUUGUAUUUAACUAGUAACCACGUUUAAUCACUGUUACUCUCCGAAAAUAGGCCAUGCUUCCUCAGGGAUAUUUAUGGAAUUAUUAUACAUCCGAUGAACAAUUGUCUCAAUCCCAACACAUUCCUCUGAAAAGUGUGUAAUAUAAAUAAGGGUAGGAAGGGGGUUACAUUACUGUGAACGGAGCGGAGUACUGUGUUGUGUGAGAGGCUAUGGAAAGCUUUCAUGUUUUUAUGCUGAACACCUUAUUAAUAGCAGACCCCCUCCACUUUUCCCUGGGUCCCAAGAAUAGAUCCAUGGAAAGAAUGCUCUGUUUAUAGUCAUAAUUAAUUUACAGCAAGGGUGCCAAGACUAAGCCAACAUGAAAGGUAAGGAAUAAAUUCAUUCCUGCAAAAGGAAGUGAAUUUAAAUAUGCUCAUAGCCAUUAGUUCUGUGCAAAAGCAGAGUAGGAGACUAAUGCCAUUGUGUUAGAAUAGCAGCCCUAUGGAGGUAGGGGUGUGUGUGUGUGUGUGUGUGUGAGGGAGAGAGAGAGAUGGUGGUUAAUUUAACAAUGUGGGCGGGUGGGUGUGUACUUUGCAUUAUCACACAGUAUCACCAUUAAAUUUACCACUGUGAUGCUGGCAAUUGAACUACCACAGACUUGACUACUACCUCUAAAAUACGGGUAAACAAUAAUAGUAUCACUAGCAGAAUACUCCUAUCUCAGCACCCAGUCCUGCAGCCUUGCUCCCAUGAAUGGUCCGAUUGCCUGCUACCCUUAUUCACCUGGACCCAUAUGUGAGUAAAAGCUGCAGCAUCAGACCUUCACUAAGGAGUUUUCACAGAGGCCAAGCCAUCUUAACUACUUCAGAUAAUGUCUUUUCUUAUACUAGGAGGGCAAAGGAAUCACCAGCCUACAUAGGAAACUAUACUACAGACGAAAAUACGUUGUGUGCUUUUUUUCCCCUAUUUUUAGCUGUAUUGCUUGCUUUGUCUGCAACUGUCACUUAAUUGAUUUGUUAAGAAAGAUAAAGACUUACAGGCAAGAAGCUUGCAAAAGCUCUAUUAGUGCUUCGGUUUUGCCAAUCCAAGUGCAUUAGCAGGUUCAUUCUUCGCACUAUUUCCUCUCUAUUUUUAAGAGUAAUUUUGUGACUUUACAACUAGACUUAAAGCAGCUGCAGACUAUUUUAAAGAGAGGUUAACCUUUGAGAGUGACAUAAUUCUUUAUUCUGUAAGGGCUGUGGGGCAGAUCCCCAGCUGGUAUAAAACAGCAAAGCUUCAUUGAAGUUGUUGUUCACUGAUUUAUGCGAGCGGUAGAUCCAACUCCAUUUUGCUGGUUUUUCUUAAAACAAAAUAACAAAAACACUAGAUAGGUCAAUUAUUCAAAAAUUGCUCACAUAUGGAAAAAAAAAAUCUUGCAUGUUUUACCUCUGUACUCUUAUAACAAAUACUAUCUUUGUAAACUCAGUCUCAAUGAAAGCCCUCAAUACCUGGCUAUGGUACAAUUGGCUCUCAUCUCUAGACUGUGAUCAAUAUAAGAUUUUAAUUUAAAAAUAAAAGGGUCCUGUGGUUUAAUGAGGGUUGAUAGAGCCAAAGAAGCAAGGUUGCUGUUGACAUUAUCAACAGUAAACUUUGGGAAAGAUGUUUUGAAUACAAAACACCCCAAUACAUAACAAAUGGAAAAACAGGGAAUCUCACAUCAAUGUGUACAAAUCAGAAUUUAAGAUAUGCAGAUGAUUGAUAAGAGAAGCUAAAGGUAUCAACGAAAAAUCUUUGGUCAGUAGUGUUAAGGAUGAUAAGAAGGAAUUCUUUAAAUAUAUAACGAACCACUGAAAUCUUAGCAAAUUAUCUAGGUCCAAUACUAGCCAAAUAUGGUAAAACUAUCAAUCCUCGUGCGGGACAGGCAUAAGUAUUCAACAAAUAUUUCCGUUCUGUGGUCAGAAAGAAGCAGAAGAGUGUAGUCAGAUCUUACAGUGAUAAUUAAAUACUUUCUAUUCCACCAGUCACUAGAGAGAAUGUUAAACAGCAUGUAUUAAAGAUAAACAGUUUAAAAGUUUGGGACUGGAUAACUUAUACCCAAGUGUAUUUAAAAAAUUUACUAUGGAGCUCUCUAAAUCAUUAAUGUUGUGGUUUUGUUUUUAAACAAAUUUUACAACACUGGGGAAGUUUCAGAGAACUGAAAAAAGACUAGUGUUGUGCCUGUGUUUAAAAAGAGUAAAUGAGAUGACUUGGGACACUGUAGGCUGGUUAUCAUAACAUCUAUCCUGGGCAAAAUCAUGGUCAGGUUGAUGUGGAAUGCUAUCAGCAAAGAAUUUUUAAAAUGUUUGCAUAAUUAAUGCUAAUCAGCAUGGUUUUAUAGAACUUGUCAAACAAAUUUGAUAUCAUUUUUGUGAAAUGACAAGUUUGCUUGACAAGGUAACUAUUUUGACAUAAUAUACUUAGAUUUCUGUAGGUAAUUUGACUUAGUCCUGCAUUGUAUGAAGUGUAGUUGUAGCCGCGUCAGUCCCAAGACAUUAAAGAGAUAAGGUGGGUGAGGUAAUGUCUUUUAUUGGAUCAACUACUGUUGGUGAGAGAGUGAGCUUGUCUCUCUUUACCAACAGAAGUUGGUGCAAUAAAAGAUAUUAACUCACCCACCUUGUCUCUCUUAGUCUUCUUGCAUAACAUUCUGAUUAAAAAUAGCCCAAAAUCAAUGUAGCUCAUAUUAAAUGGAUUAAAAAUUGGUUAACUGACAGAUUUCGAAAGUAAUUGUAAAUGUGAAAUUGCAAUCCAUUGUGGGUAUUUCGAGAGGGGAUCUGCAGGGAUCAUCUCUUGGUCCAAUGUUGUUCAAUAUCUUUAUCAAUUAUCUGGAAAAAAUAUAUAAAAUGUAAAAUUUACAGAUGACACAAGAAUUGGUGGAGUUGUGAAUAAUGGCAUGACCUGGAUCUCUUGGUAAUAUGGUCUCAUUUGAACAACAUGUGUUUUAAAACAGACAAAUACAACAUCAUCAUCUAGAAACAAGGAAUGCAGGUCACACUUAUGAGAUGGGGGGACUAUAUCUUGGAAUGUAGUGACACUAAAAAAGGAUUUAGGGGUUAUGAAUGGAAAUUGCUAUAAGAAUGAUUUGAGGGCUGGGGAAAAAGGCCUUAAACUGACAGAAUAAAGACACUCAAUCUGUUCAGUUUAUUGAAGAGUAGGUUAAGAGGUGACUUGACCAUGGUCAACAAGUACCUACAAGGGGAAGAAUUUUCUGAUGGCAGGGAGCUCUUUAAUCUAGGAGAAAAAGGAUAUAACAAGAUCCCAUGGUUGGAAGUUGAAAUUAGACAAAUUUAUACUAGAAAUAAGCAACAAAUUUUCAACAGUGAAGGUAAUUAACAUUUGGAACAACUUACAUAGGGAUGUGGUGGAUUCUCCAUCACUUGAACCCUUUAAAUCAAGUCUGAAUGCCUUUCUGAAAGAUAUGCUAUAGCUCAUACAAUGUAUGGGUUUGAUGCAGCAAUUAUUGUUUAAGGUUCUUUUGUCUGUAGUAAGAGGAUGGGUGAGGGGCUUAUAAGUACCUUCAGAGACUUACUCAGACAGAAUUCUAUUGAUUUUAAUGUGUUAGCUUACAGUAGUAGAAAUACGUAUGCAGAUGGACUUUGAGAUAAAUGUCAGUGGGACUGCUUGUAAAGGAGGGUAAGACUGAACAUGAUUGAAGGGGACAGAACUGGAUCCAAAAUGACUAUUAAAAUAGAAGAAGAAGUCUGUGUCCUUCUACAAGUAACACCUCGGGGCCAAAUCAUGCACUCAAAUCAUUGGCUUCAGUGAGAGUUUUGUCUGAGUAAGAAGUAAGAACGGCAGAGUUUUGGCACUGGAUUAGGAAAGUAGUAUUCUACAGGAAAGAGAAACUUUCUCUGCCUGUACAUUCUGAAUAUUUUUGUUUUGGAAAAAUUUUAAAAUUUUUAUUGAAAAUUAAACUUUUUUAAUUUGUGGGUUUUUUCAUUUUUAUAUUUGAUUAUUUAAUGAUAUCAGUCGUACUCACUACCGAUGUCAUUAAAUAAUAACAGUACUACUAACAUGUCAUAUUGUGACGACUCAAAAUCUAUAUUUUAUUUUUAAAAUCAUUAAGCUCUGCCGCUAUUCAGUGCUGAUUAAAACAUCAUCUCUUCUUUUCUUCAGAGUGUCUCCUGUUUGUGUUGUAUUGAAGCAGUGUGACACUUUGAACAAGAAGAUAGGCACUCCGUGUACUAAUUAGAGGAGCAGAUGUUUUCAAUAGCUUUGUGUUAGCCUGGAAUCAUUUUUCUAGGAUAUUGUCAAUAGCUGCUCCUCUAAUUAGUAAAAUAAGAGAAUACUGUGACUAUUGAAUCUUGACAUGAUAUGUCAUGUUGUGCACUUCUACUAUUGAUGUGUCAUGAAAUACUUUUAUUUUUACAUUAACAUAACACUGAAAAAUUUAAAAAUAAAAUUUUGAAUUAAAAAUUUUGUUUUGAAACGAAGUUUUGAAAUUUUUCCAAAACAAAAUUUUCAAAGAUUUAUUUUCAUAUAGAAAAUCAUGUUUUCUGUUGGAAAUUUUGUUCAAAUAGAUGCAAGUUCACCAAAAACUUGGAUUAGUCAAAAUGGCAUUUUCUGAUGGAAAACUGUUUUGACUAAAAUUUUCUAACCAACUUGAGCAGUAAGCACACCAACUUUACCAGUAAAAAAGCUUUUGCAUGAUUCACCCCUUAUAGUUGGUCAUUUUGAAUUUUGGUACUUUAAAAAUAAGUAACAGAGCACUCCGUUUCUGAUGGCAGUUUCACAAAACAGUGUUUUGAUGGGAGUACUAUAAGCAGAGGCUUUAAUACCUGCCUUUUACAGGUCUUCAGUAUUCUGGGGGGAAAACAGGAUAUAUGUUGUUUAGAAUAGACAAUAACUAAACUCAGCCAAAGAAAAAAAGCAAAGUAUUUACAUUUAACUACCAGAAGGUGAUGUAGGCAGACUGGUGUUGAAAACCUUCACCAAAAAGCAGGGCUAAAACCGAGAACCUAGACAAGAAGGUAAAGAUCUUUUGGAUUCUUGCUGUAAUCCAACAUAAAAAGAAAUUAGUUUGGGUUAGAUUUACUCCUUAAAGAACACUAGCCCACAUCAGUCAGCCAUGGAAUGAAUUUCACGCAGUCACUAGCUUACGUUUGUGAUAGCUUAUAAGCAUCUUCAGUAUUCUGAACAACCUUGCAGCCCGCAAAGGAGAACUGUCCUUAAAAGGUAUGUUUGAGGUCAUAGUUUGGACAAAGAAAGGAGCUGAUGUUGCAGAUGGCUGUAUAAUGACAGCUUCUGCUCUAAAAGCAGGAUUUUGAGCAUUAUUAUACAACAUCCAGGCUUAGCUUGAGAAUGAGAAGUAAAGCUUCUUUCUGAUUUUUAAGUGAAGAAUAUGCACCGAAUACAUCUAAAAAAUUCCACUGUGCAGCUAUUGUUGCACAUCUAAUCAUAUUAUUUCUAUUAAACACUUGCAGUGAAUUCAUCUAUUUAAUUUGGUGGCUAAUGACAUUAAAUAGCUAUACACAAAUUUUUAGCAAAGGGAGAUCGAUACUGUAGCAAAACUGCAUAUGAGCAAUAAAAAGCUGUGUAGAGAAAAAUAUUGAUCCACCAGGUUGAAUGCUUGGGGGUUUUGUUUGUCUGGAGCAUGCAUUUAUACAUCCGUGCAGAGGAUCUCCCUUAUUGAGCCUGGCUCUGAUCUCAAGACUAGUGCAGAUGAAGGGAUGUUUAAAGUCCUCUUAUUUUACCACCUGAUCCUCAUUUGCUAUAUCCAGUAGCUGCUAUUUCUAUGUUAUUCUUCUGAGAAGGGUGGAAGAGAGAUCUGAGUGACCUCCACUAAGAUCAAUGCCAUGCCUUAAGUAUGUGAUCUUCCAACCACUGCUAAAAAUCCUGUCACAGGAGGUACUCAUUUAUAACCCUUCUCCCUCCUGCAAAUAGGCUUCAGCUCCACUGACCCAGAUAAGAGAGAGAGGGAGAAUCUUGUGCCAUGCUGUGAACAAGCUUACAUCUUAGUCCUGUAAGACCUGAAUGAAAGUUAAGGGCACUCAGCACUUUGCCCAAUCAGACGCUAGCAGUGUAAAUCCCCUGAUUGCUAGAGGCCAUUGAAAGUUUGAAACUGACAAGUUGAGGGCCACAGAGAACAAGUUAGCUGCACUCUUUUGAUGAGUUAUUACUGUAUAUUGGGCUCAACUCAAAAUUAAGAUGAAAUGCACAGCACAAUAUCAGACAAUGUGAAGUAAAUGAAUGACUGUGCUCCCUUUAAGAUGGGACAUAAUCUGCUAAGGAUGGCUUCUCUUAUUUUGCAUUAAGCCACUAGGAAAGAAAAAUGCUAUGAGUAAAAUAAUUAAUUAUCUACCUUUUCAUGGCAUUUCAGAAUCGGGAAAAAAAACAAGCUAGCAUUCAACAUUAAGAUUUCACACACCCCAGUAAUUAGCAUGGUAUAAUGCUAGCAUUUCCUCCAAUACUGAAAUAUUAGGUCUGAUCUCAUUAUACUCAAUGGAAAGAUGCUUGUUAACUUCGGAAAGCAUGGCAUCAGGCCAUUUAAUCUUUUGAAGACUCUAGGUAUUUUUAAAUCUUGACUUUCUUUUUUGCACUCACAAAUAAAUGUGAAGGCAGUUGUUUGCAGGUAAAAAUGAAAGCAUGUAGACAUGAAACUACUUGAUCACUCCUACAAACUAGGCAAGGUAAGCCAAAAUGUUAAAAGUAGCCUCUAAUUUUGGGUACCUCUGUUUUUAGCAGCUCAACUUCGGGACCUUGGCCCUGAUUUUUAGAAACGCCGAACACCCACUGCAGAAAUUUAAGUCAAUGGCUUAUUAUAUCCAAGGUGUGUUAAACUGAUCAACCAAAAAAUCCAUGGCCCUUUUCAGAAUUUGGCUGCAGGCCUGACCUCAUUUGCAUUCACAAAUAAUGGCACUGUCAGUUGUUUGUGAAUGCACAUUUCAGACACAGAAAGGUAGGCAAGGUUAGUUCCUUUGAAAAUCAUGGGCUAGAUCUAUAACAGGGGAAUGGGAUGCGAGGGAGGUGAGGUUCUAUGCUCAGUGUUUUUGCUGGAAGUCAGAGUAGAUGAUCAUAGUGGUCCCUUCUAGCAUUGAAAUCUAUGAAUCCUCAGCUGGAUUCAGCUGAAUCGCUGUCGCUCCAUUGAUUUCAAUGCCAGUUUGCACCAGUUGAGGAUUUGGCUCCAGGCCCUUAAUUUCCUCUUAAGUAUAUACAUGGCUGACAGUCUGAAAAAUGCUAGCACACUAAGGGUCAAUGAGUUGUUUUACUCAAAGGUCUCAGUGAAGAGCAGUUCCUGCCAGCACUAAACUUUUUAAAGAUAGAGCCAAAUAAGGUGGCAUAAUCAAGAGUGUGCCUUUUUGUUGGAUGUACACUGUUUCUUCCCAGGCACCCAAGGGGUUAAUCUGUAGCGCAGUUCAUUUUUUCUCAAAACACAGGAAUCAUUGUACAAUCCAAUUCUGAGUGGCUGUCAAUGUUAAUUCCACUUGAUUGUUUUUAUAUUUCCUCUGUUUUCCAAAGUCAACAAAAAAUAAAAAAAUUGGGGGGAUGAAUUGUUUUAAUUAUGAAAUUAAAAUUACUAUCAAGUUUUUGGUAUCUUUGGGCAUGAUAUCUGGAAGCUUUGGAAAUCUGCUUUAUCAUUUUGUAUAUCGGACAAUUUUGUACUCUGCAUUGUUUGACUUCAUUUGUGCAUGGCAAUGUAAUUAAAAUAUGGAAUUUUUACUCUA